CCAUCUCAGAUGCUGGAGCUUGUAACUCCUUCAGAGGAGUCAUAGGAGUCUUGGCCUCCCUCUCUGGUCUCUUUCUCCUUCAGAGGAGUCAUAGGAGUCUUGGUGGCCUCCCUCUCUGGUCUCUUUCUCCUUCAGAGGAAUCAUAGGAGUCUUGGUGGCCUCCCUCUCUAGUCUCUUUCUCCUUCAGAGGAGUCAUAGGAGUCUUGGUGGCCUCCCUCUCUGGUCUCUUUCUCCUUCAGAGGAGUCAUAGGAGUCUUGGUGGCCUCCCUCUCUAGUCUCUUUCUCCUUCAGAGGAGUCAUAGGAGUCUUGGUGGCCUCCCUCUCUAGGCUCUCAGGUCUUGAGGACGUCCUGCUCUAGUCAGAUUUAUUCAUGUUCCAGCUUCCUUCCAUUUCUUAAUGAUGGAUUUAACUGGACUCCAGGAGAUCUUCAGGAACUUUAAAUGUUCUUGUAUCGUCCUGACUGAUGCUGUUCAACAACCUUUCCUCAGAGUUUCUUGGUUCUUCAGUCUUCAUGAUGUAGUUCUAGCCAAGAGUUCUGAUCCACCAGAGACUGGACUUUCCACAUCCAGGAGUCUUUAUCCUCCAAUCACUGACCUCAGAUCCUCGAAACCCCAGUAACUGUGGGACUUCUAGAACCAGCUGGCUGCAGCUGAGUUGAAAGUUCUGCAUCUAAAGAGUCUUUUUUCUCUCAUCCAUGGAUGCUUCUUCCUCCUCUGGACCUCCAGUGUUGCUCGUGGUUCAGCGGUGCACUCAGCUGAUCACGCUCAUGCAAGAGUCAUGGCUGUUUUAGUUACAUCCGUGCACGUGUUCACUUCCUGCCAACAGUUUUAUGUUCUUCUCUGGAGCAGAAACAGAAGCCAGCUUUGCUUUGAUCGGCCGGUAUCUGCUUUCUUUUCUCUUUUUGAGGAUCUGCGGUCGUCUUCAGGGAUCAGAUUCCACCUCCGUCCUCCCCUCGUCUCUUUCACAGCCAGGGGUGAAAACGACAAAUUAAAAGCUUCAAGAGGUUUCCUGUUCAGGUUGCUCUCGACCAACGGCUCUGCUUUAAAUCUCGUGUUUCUGGUGUCAUUUCAACAUGUUUUCUGUUUUAAAUCCAGAUUGGCUGGUAUUAACAUGGAGUCACUUUACCUGAGUGUCUGUCGGUGGCAUCAGGAUACAAGCAAUCUGCAUGUUUUUGGUUGGGAUCAGUUUCCAACCCCUCUCAAGUGGAUUGAGGAGGCGUCAGAUCCUCUUUCUCCUCUUCAAACUGCUUCCUUCUCUGCAUCUCGACUGGUUGGAUUUUUCCAGACUUUAAAAUGAGCCAAACCUCAAACGCCACUGUUCUCUUUGUCCCUCGGCUUCGUCUGGAUUUUUGUGGUUUGUUGCCGAUCCAGUGACUCCCAUUGAGGCGUUGUCUCCUGAAGAGAUGCCCGGGCGUUCUAAUCUCAGGAAUGGCCGGAUUGUUACCAAACUCCUCAUUAAGUUUUCAUGGAGGACCAGGUGCCAAAUGGGGCUCCGAGUGUCCAGCAUUCCAUCUGAUCUUUGGGAGGAGGACCGAAGGUGUCAGCGCUGGGAGGACAUGUGGGAAUAACGGCUAGGAUCUGAGAUCUGGAUUGGUUGGGUUUCCCGUCAUGGACCCUCCGAUGCUCCCGGUGGGCCGGCUGGAGGUGGACGUGGAUCUGGGGUUCGCCCUCUUCUUCUUCUUCCUGCUCUGCUUCUUCUUGCUGGUGACCAUCAUCCGAUGUGCUCAGAUGGUGUUGGAUCCGUACAGCGCCAUCUCCGUCACCACCUACCAGGAGGAACAAACCGAGGAGUGAUGGAAACCGGAUCCAACAAACCGCAGCAGGUUUUCAGCUGUAUCCUGGGACCCAGACCCGAUUUUAAUGGUUUAGAAGGAAAGUUUUCUCCAACAGCAUGAGCAGCUUCCAGUCGUGUAAGUAAACAAUCUGAGAAACAAACACAGGAAAACUCAAAAUUAUUAAUAAACCAUCAAAAAAAAUCUGAUUUAUAGUGAAUUUAUAUUUGACCAGCAGGUUUCUUCUUAUUGGAAAUGUCCUAAAAAGUGACAAAAAUGUCAAAUAAAUGCAUAAAAGUAGUUAAAAUUCAUCAUUAACACCUUUAAUGUUUUACUGGGUUUUAUCUUCUGUUUCUGACAUUUCCAGUCAGAAGAAAUCUUAGUUGAAUAAAAAUCCACUAAAUCUUUUCUUCUUAAAUGUAGUUUAACUCCAAAUUAUUCAU